AUGCUGACGGGCCACGAUCAGGUCGUGUCCGGCCUGGACUGGGCGCCCACGUGCGGCCUGCUGGCCAGCUGCUCGCACGACGGCGGCUGCUUCGUGUGGCGGAAGGAUCCCGGCGGCGGGGAGUGGACGCCGCUGCUCGUGGUGACCCGGCUGAACCGGGCGGCGCUGUGCCUGAAAUGGAGCCCGUCGGAAGGCAAGUUUGCCUUGGGCACGGGCGCCCGCACCGCCUGCGUGUGCCACUACGAAGCCGACAACGACUGGUGGGUGGCGAAGAAGAUCAAGCAGCAUGAAUCCUCAGUGACAAGUGUAGCCUGGCACCCGAGUAGUGCCAUCCUUGCCACAACAUCCACCGAUCGUAGAUGCCGAUUGUUCAAUGCACUCAUUCAAGGUGUUGAAGGUGACAGUGGCCACUGUGAAGCUGCAGAAAGCACAUUGUUUGGGGACUUGCUUAUGACAAUAGAAUGCAAGUGGUGGCCACAUGCUGUUGCAUUCUCUCCCCGGGGGGCUAGGCUUGCAGUGGCAACACAUGGGUCAACCAUAGUCAUAGUGGAUGGAUUGGACGCUCAAGAACCAAAUGGAUUGGCAAACAAGGAUAUUUUGGAGGUGAAGUUAAGGGGACUCCCUCUACGGUCUUUGUCAUUCUUGUCAGAAUCUGUCCUUGUUGGUGGUGGCUUUGAUGGGGAACCUGUGGUCCUUGCGAUGACUGCCCAAUCCUCCCAGAGUGAAUGGACAGUGGCUCAAGGUGACUCUCCUUGA